AUGACAGAGGGAGGAGGUCCAGCCAUUGGAAGUGCUGCAUAUCGGCAGUUGGAUGGCCUGCACUUUGAAUGUACUGUGGUGGACAUCACGUACGACCACGAGCACAAACCAGUGAUGUGGACCGUUCAAUAUGCAGACGACGACAACACCGAGAGUGUGACAGACGUGAGUGAACUGAAUUUUGACGUCCAGGCCGUUGUCGACAUGCGAAAGCACCGCCAGUUGUUUCUGGAUCAAUUUGCCAGUUUCUUGCCGUAUUUGACGCCAUGGGAACGACUGACAAAGUGCUGUGUGCUUUCUAAAUCGUGCCAGCGAGCCACGAUGCAGGCCACGCUGUGGCAACACGUCGACUUGUCCUUCUGGCCCUCGACUACUCCAGUGGGCCGCUAUGUAAACACCGUGUUGAAUCGACUGGUAUACCACGACGUACUGGACAAAACACCUGUCAAGUCCAUCGUGGACACGCUCGUGUUGGACGGAUUGCCAGUCACCGACCAAGAUUUGUGGGGCCUGAUGCGGCAGACGCCACUGUUAACAUCCCUCAGUCUCGUGGGCUGUCCAUACAUUUCGUUUCACUUAUUCCCCAUGUGCCAAAACCUUCAAACAACACUGGCUUUGGAAACCGUGGACCUGUACCUCACGUUCGUGCAGCACGCGAGUGUUAUGGACGUCCGCAACAAAUUCCACCGUGUGGUAUCGUUCACAAGUUCUGGCCUUCAGUCGCUUUCUCCAGACAUAUCGAGCCACCUGCUUGCACAGUACACGGUGGCAACGUGGUCUAACGAUCGAAUUCUCUUCGUCGACAAGGACCGCCUUGUCCUCGACCAUCCAAAUGCGUGUUCGGACGAGCUAUACGCGUGGCCAUUCAGCCUCGUGCCCGUAUUUCAAGGCGAUGUGAGCCCCACCAUCACCCCAAAAUCCAACCCCCUGUCGUCGUCAACUGCCUUUAUGUUCCGAUCGUUGGCUGAUGCUGGGCGCUUCCUCGACGACUUGCGAGUUCCUGAAUCUCUAGCAACCCUCGUCCACCGAAUGAAGUCAUCCCAAUCCACAACACCCCGCACUCGAUCGAAACCAGUCGACCCGUUAGACGAACACGCAAAGCAAGUGUUUGCAUCUUUGUAUGCAUGGAAAACCUCGUUACAAGCACAAGUGGACGACUUGUCCGUCGCCGUGGCCAAGGCCAAGGAGGAGCAUCAUGUGGCGCUGACCGACUACAACCGCGCCGAGCUGCAGCGGCGCCACGUGGAAAAAGCCGCGAAUCGGGCGGUGCUGGCUCUCUCCAUGGGACAAGCCAGCGUGUCCCCACCACCUUCGGGUGUGAUUGUCAACAGACCGGGCGAUUUGGACUUGCCCCCACUGCCAUCCCCCGACGCCAUUGUCGCCCUUGCCACGACGUUGGCCUUGAACCAGUUUGCCGUUUGCGAUGCUUUCUUGGGGGAGGCCAUGGCGAUCGCCCUGUACGAAACCCUGGACAACCUGCACACGUACGGCGGCGGCCCCUUGUCGUUUGAGCGGGGGGUGCUGGCGGGCGGGAAAACUGGCCGAAACUUGCGGUACGAGAAGCCAUCAGUGCGGGGGGACGACGUGGUGUGGCUCGACGGGUCCGAAGCCGGCUGUCCCGGAAUUGUCAAGCAGACGCUGCGUCAGCUCGAUCGGUUGGUCAUGGAGAGAUUGGCAAACGAUGAAUUGGCAGAAUGCACAUUAAUUCGAAACAAAGCCAUGCUGACGUGCUAUCCUGGCCGAGGGGCGUCGUAUGUCAAGCAUUGCGACAACCCUAACGGCAACGGGCGAAAGGUGACAGCCAUCUUGUAUUUGAACCCGGCGUGGGUGCCUGCCCACGGCGGGGAGCUGGUCAUUCACCACGCCCACGACACGCAGCACGUGGUGGCCCCUGUCUUGGAUCGGUUGCUGCUGUUUUUUUCCGACGCUCGAAACCCCCAUGAAGUGCGACCGACAUCGGCCAAACGGUACGCUAUGACAGUGUGGUACAUGGAUUGGGACGAAUACACGACCACUCAAGUGUUUGCCGACGACGACCACAACGAACGGACGAAAAUCGAAUGCGAAAUCGAAAAAUUCGACGCCGUCGCGUCCACAUAGCGUUCUGAAAUGCCCCAAUAGCCAAACACAAAACGUGGAAGCGCAACGUGCGAUGAAUACUAUGAAUGGGUUCACUAGACUAGUUGUGGUUGGUAUUCAUAGCAACUUAGUAUCUAUACUGCUGUAUUAAUACAGAGUGGUGGGCAACUAUUCUGGAUCGAUCUCGUCUUGUACGAUUUGGCGGGCGCCAUCGAUUUCCAUCUUGAGGUUCUUCAAAAUAUAGU